AUGUGUAUAUAUUUUUUUCUUUUCCUUUUUAUAAUAACAUCAUGUAAUAAUAAUAAUAUAAAAUAUUACAAGAUAAAUGAUAAGAAAAAUGAAAAAAGAAAUAACACGUCUUAUAAUUAUAAUAAUUAUAAUAAUAAUAAUAAUAAUUCGUCGUUGAAUACUAGUGUGUCUAUAUACAUGGACAAGGAUUAUGAAUAUUUAGUACAUACUUCUGAAAAAAAUAAUAGAUUAAUAUGUGUAAAAAAAGAAUAUAAUGAUUUGAUAUAUUAUACUCAUGAUAACGAUUGUGAUCCUCAAAAUACAUUUAGCUUUUCUUUUAAUUCUACAUUUAAAUUCGAUGAUCAUUUUUAUAUGACAUAUAAAAAAAAUAAGGAAUCAUUUAUUGAAAUGAAUAUAACACCUUCGUUAGCUAUAGGUUCUUGUAUUAAUUGUUUAUUCCUUGAUGAAAUGAAUCUUCUUAGUAUAUAUGGAUAUACAUUUAUAUAUAAUAAGUCCAAUGAAUAUGAAUAUAAAAAUUAUUAUAAAAAAAUUAUUGAUUUAUAUCAUAAUAAUUCAGAAGAAUAUUCCAACGAUUCGGAUGUCGUUUGGAAUAUUCCUGUAGUAAUUAAUAUGAUAAAAGCAGAUGUGGACAAAAAAAAAAAAAAAAAAUAUAAUAAAAACAAGGGUCAUUUGGAUUCUUAUAAUUAUAAUAAGGAUCAUAAAGAUAUGGACAAAUAUAAUAAACGAAUUUAUCGUAAUAGUUUGGGGUUAGCUGCUACAACUUUUGGAGAUGUGCGAAAUGGAUUAUCAAAAGAUAAAUGGUCAGAUAGAAAUAAAAUUAUUUCAAAAGUUGAAUCUGAACCUAAUAAUAGUUAUACAAACUAUGAUGAUAUUCAUUUAUAUUAUAAUAAUUGUCAAGGAAAUAAUAACUUUCAAGGCCAUCAUAAAUGUGGAGGAAAUAUUUCCUAUCAUCAGGAAGAUAACUCUAAAGAGAAUUUACCUUUUUACUAUUACGAAAAUUCAAUACUAAAAAAAUUCUUGAAAGAAAAUAGAAUACAUUAUGCAUAUGAUGAAAUUGGUAAAGAUAAAAUUGCCAACCCUAAUAUGAGUGGGAAUUCGGACAUAUACAACAAUAGUCCUAUAAAAAUGGUUGACCGGUUUUUUAUGAACCUAAAGGUUAUGGAAGAAAAUAAAGAAGAUGAAAGAAAGGAACAUAAAAAUGAUAACAAUGAUAAUAAUGAUAAUAAUAAUGAUAAUAAUAAUGAUAAUAAUAAUAAUCAUAAUAAUAGUCAUAAUAAGGGAAACGAAAAAAGAAUAUUCGAAAAUUUAAAAAAUAUAAUAUAUAAAGAAAAUGAAUGUAAAAUAUUUAAAGAUGAUUUCAAUAAUAACCCUAAAGUGUGGACAAAUAUUCUUUUUACAAAUUCUUUUACAAACGUUAAUAUUUUAUCUCAUAUUGAUAAGUAUAAUGGAACAUAUGCUGAUUUAAAAUAUUUUUCUUUUCAUGAUACUUAUAAAAAAAAAAAGUUAAAUGAUUUUCUCAAUAUAACUUUCGAUAUAAACAAUAAAGAAUAUUUAAGAAAUAAUAAUGUAUAUAUAAUAAUAGCUAAUGAUGAAAUAAAAUAUAUGAACCAUUUAAUAUUUUGUUCUGAUAUUAUAUCUAUUGCCGAUCCACUUAUUACUUAUAUUUAUAAUUAUAAUUUAAGAAAAUCAUAUGAACAAAUAAAAAAUAAAUAUAUAUCUGAUUUUCAAGAUAAUAAAGUAUUUUUAAUUAAAGUUUUUUAUUAUGAACAACAAAUAUUAUUCUUUCUAAUAGAUUAUAUUGUAGGAAUGGACGACCCUAUGAAAUUAUCAAUCCCUUUCUUUUAUCUUGUUUCUCAAAAUUAUUUUACUUUAUAUACUCAUUUCUUUAUGAAGGACAAUUUGAUUGGAUGGAUACGUGAGAGUAAAAUAUUGUAUGUCAAGACAAUGAACAAAAUUUUUUCCUACAUAAAAGAGAGCACUUAUUAUACCAAAAAAAGUUAUGAUGCUAUUUCGAUAGAAAAUAAAAUAAUAUCCAAUAUAUAUUUACUUUAUCUAACGAAAAAUAUUUUUAAAUAUAUAAUAUUCGCCAGAUAUAAUCCAUUAAAAAAUUACUCGUUACACAAAAAUAUUAAUUUUGAUUCUGUUCUUUUAAAUAUGUUAAGUACAUUUACAAAUGAAGAGUUAUAUGAUUAUACAACAUAUUUUAAGAAAAUUACUAAAAAAGACAUGAACAAAAUUAAAGAUCAAAAAAAAAUUGAAAGAAUGGAUAUAUUUGAUAUAUUUAUUAUUCCAUCUACUAACUAUAUAAAAUUCGAAUCUAUUUUAUCCAAACUCUUUAAAGCCUUAUUUGAUUGUGGUGGGAAACAUAUAUCAAAGUUGUUAAAAAUUGCAAUACUUAGAUCACAUUAUGAUAUGUUAUAUAAUUUUAAUUGUUAUAAUUAUCAACUUUAUAGCUUUCUAACCAAUCUUCUCGAUCUUCAUGAAUAUUUUUAUGAAUAUGCAGACUUAAGCGACUUAUUUAAAGAAAGUCAAAUCAUUUUGAAAGAAUUGAUAAAGUUAACUCUUCAAGAAAUGAAUAAUCUUAUUCCCUUCAAUGAAGACAAGUAUUUGAUAAAAUAUCUCAUCAUAAUAUUAUACUUUGGAAAUGAUAUGUUUUGCCUUGAUAAAGAAAAUUCUGUGUACAUUCAAUUAAUUCAUGAAUUGAGACACCUUAAUAUUUUCCAUGCUAUAAUUUUGGCAUACCUGUCGGGAGAUAAAGUUGGUACCUUAUGUACAAGAAUUGACAUGGAGAAAGAAGACAAAUCAAUCAUAUAUAUAAAGAAGAAUAAUGUUCAUACAGAUAAAUUUAUAACAUCAUAUAAAUACGAUAAUAUUAAUUACAUUACUUAUGAUGAUGAUAACUAUUAUAUACAAUAUAAAUGUACAGGUAAUUGUAAUAAAAAUGAUUAUGCUCUUUCAUUUAUAAAAAAAUUUGAUAACAAAUAUUAUGGAGAUUUGCAUGUUACUAUAAGACAAUCAAGUGAAUAUACGCUUGGAAUAAUUUUAAUAUCCUUUAUGGCAUCUGUUGUUUUUAUUGUUGGAGAAUUACAUAAAGAUAUGAAAAGAAUAUAUGUAUAUAGAAUAUUCAAAAACAUUUUUAUAAAAAAUUAUAAUCAUAAUAUAACAAAAUAUUAUACCUUUUGGAACAGCAAAUUAUAUGCAUUUGAACAAUAUGAACCUGAAUGUAUUCUUUUAUUUAAUAAAUAUAAUUUAUAUGAAAAAUAUAAUUUACACAAAUCCUCUAUAUUGAAUUCUUUCAAAGGAUCCAAUUUAAAUCAUUUAAAGGAAUAUAAAAUCAAUCUUUUGGAUACAAAUUAUGAAAAAAGUAAUAUAAAUAAUAAUGAAGAAUUAAUCAAAUAUUUUGAUUUGAAAAAGGAAACAUGCUUAUGUAAUCGAAAUAUGAUCAAUAAAUCAAAGGGUGAUUUUGUUGUUAGUCAAUAUUUACAAAUAAGAUAUAAUUUUAUGAAUAAAAUUAAAAAAAGAAAUAAAGAUUUAUAUGAAAAAAUGUUAAAUUAUAAUUUUUUUAAUGAUCCUUUAGAUAUAUCUUAUAAAACCAAAAAAUUUCAAUAUGAAAAAUUAAUUGAUAUAUGUAAAGAUAUGAAGUUUGAUAAAAACCGUUUAUGUCUCUUUCAUAAAUCAAGAAUUAUAUUAACAUAUUUAUAUUUAUUAUCUCCUUAUCCACAAUUCAUAUUUUAUGUGAUCAGUCCGUUAGUUUUUAUUAAGCCACAAAAAUAUUGUGAUGAGUAUGAUAUACCUUUAGUACUAAAUAAUAUGUUAAAAAAUAGAAAUUUCUAUAAAAAAAAUGCACAAAUAUGUAUUAAUUAUGCUUUUGCCCACUUUAUAUCGUCUGGUGAUAAAACAACUAAUCUAGUAAUUACAGCUAAGAUAAGUGGUACUAUGGUCAACAUCAGCAAACAUAAUUUGUUAUUACUUUUACCCCUUAGUAAAAGAGUUGAUAUAUUAGAUUACUCUAAAAAUAAUGAAUAUGAUAUAAAAGAAGAAAUAUUAAAUGAAUAUUUUAUUUUAGGUAAUCCAUAUACACCUAUUAAUAUUAUUGCUUAUAGUUUUCAAGACUAUGAUAAUAUAAAAAAAAAUUCACAUAUUACUAUAUCAGGCGCUUUUAUAAAAAGAUAUGAUGAAAAAUAUGUAACGUAUAAUACUAUAACAAAAAUCUAUGAUGAAAAAACACAUUGUACAAAUAAUCAUUCCUUUGAACAUAAAGGAAUAUUAUUAUGCUUCUGUGAUAUUCUAUCCAAACAAAAAAAUGCAAAUUGUUUAUAUCCAUUUUGUGAGAAGACAAAAAAAUUUUGUUAUUUAAAUGAAGAAUGUAUAAAUGGAGAAUGUGUUUGUAUUAAGGGGUAUUCAAGAAAUCCAAUGAGUUCUAUAUGUGAGCAAAAUAACGAAUGUGUAUUAGAUCCUAACAAUACAUGCGAAAGCCCAGGAAAAUGUGUACUAGCCAAAAAUAGGUAUAUUUGUUUAUGUCCUUAUCCCUACGUAAGAAUAUUAAAUAAUUGUUUACAUCCAUUAAAGGGAAUUAAAAUAGGGUUAUAUAUUUUUAAUAAUUUUCAUAAUCAUUUCUCAAAUGACGAAGAUGACGCUUCCAAAAAGGAGAGGUUUUAUUCAAAUGUUUUUGGGUCCAUGUCAGACUACAUAAAGGAAGCAAUAAAUGACAUUACUAAACACGACUUAAAAUUAAGAGUUCACGUCAAACCCAUAAAAAAAUUGAAAAACGCUAUAAAGGCAACAGUAAUAAUUAACCAAAGAAAUAAUCCUAAUGAGCCUACACCUAUAGAAGUAUUUAACAUAUUUCUAAAUCAAUUAAGUGAUUCAACAUCAGCUUUGAAUAAUGGAUUUUUUUCUUAUUUCGCACGUUUCACAUAUAUUGAUUAUGUGGAAUCGUUUUCCAGAAACGAGCAUAUCAUACCUUUUUACCAGAAUUAUAUAAAAUAUAUACCCAUAUUUCUCUUAAAAAUUUUCCAAGGAGAUUCAUUUAAUGAUAUAUCAUUUAUAGCUUUUGUUAAUUUUAUUAUACUCAUUGGAUUCACUUUUCUUUUACUUUCUUAUUUUGUUUAUUUAUUUGUUAAAUUGAAAUUCUUCCAAGUACAAAGGGUCAAAGCCUUUUAA